AUGCGUCUUGCAGGUGGUUUUCUGAAGGAGCUGCGAGCUCUAGCGCAAAGGAAGCGCGCAAUCGAAAAUGAGCCAAUGUUGGAUCGAGAAGCAAAGAGGCGAAAGAUUGAUGAGCUAAAAUUAUGCAUUCACGGCACCCGCUGCCGCGUUGAGGACCUAGCUCUGAACUUUACUGUAAAUCCACCUUCGUCUGUAUUUGACUAUGAAGAAAUGGAAUUGGUCGAAGGAGGUGCAGACAUGGAUGUCACCAUGGACAACGUUGAACUUUAUGUACAAAAAUGUGCUGACUUCUAUCUGAAUACGGGAAUAGUGAAUCAGAUGCGCGCAUUCCGUGAUGGCUUUGAUCGCGUUUUCGGUUUGCGAGCACUCCGCUCAUAUAGCCCUGAAGAAGUGCAGCGUUUACUAUCUGGUGAGCAGUGUCCUGAAUGGACGCGCGAGGAUGUGCUCAAUUAUACUGAACCAAAGCUUGGAUAUACAAAAGACUCACCUGGCUUCCUGCGAUUUGUUGACGUAAUGGUAGAGCUAAAUCCUCAGGAACGAAAGAAUUUCCUGCAAUUUGCUACAGGAUGUUCUAGCUUACCUCCAGGUGCCAGCUUGAUAACCGUUUUACCAUUUCCAGGAGGUCUUGCCAAUCUCCAUCCACGUUUGACAGUGGUUCGUAAGGUUGAAAGUGGCGAUGGAAGCUAUCCUUCCGUAAGUAUAGCCUAGCC